GCGAAUACUCGCUGCAGUUAACAGUGGUGGAUCGGAACGUCCCUGAGCGCGGAGUAGAGGAGAGUACACGGCGAUACAGUCUUUGGGAGGAGAUAGUGCUUAUUUUACCCCCUCUCUCAGCUCUAACAACAAAUUAAAUACGAUUUUGGUUCAGAGGGUCGUCUAACUACAGCAAUCGAAACGUGGGAGGAACAAAGGAUUUGAUCUUUCAAGUUUUUCUUUAGCAUUUGUUUUCUUUUCAUAAAACAGGAUUCUGUUGGAGGCUCGCUCGCACUCUAGACGCAAAGAUGAUGGUUGGAGAGAUCGAGGUGAAGGAGAGACCGAGGCCGAGUCCCGACUAUUUGAUGCAAUUGUUAAACGAAAAGAAGCUGAUGACCAGUUUGCCAAAUCUGUGCGGUAUCUUUACACACCUUGACCGGCUUCUCGAUGAAGAGAUCCACAGAGUGAGGAAAGACAUGUACAACGACACAGCCAACGGACCUAUAGAAAAACAGCCUCUGGAAUUACCCGAGGCCCUGGGGCCAAUCAUUCAUCUGCAGGAGAAGCUCUUUGUGCCUCUAAAAGAGUACCCUGACUAUAACUUCGUGGGCAGAAUCCUGGGGCCUCGUGGACUCACCGCCAAGCAGCUGGAAGCGGAGACUGGAUGUAAAAUCAUGGUUCGAGGCAAGAGCUCCAUGAGGGACAGAAAGAAGGAGGAGCAGAACAGAGGCAAGCCCAACUGGGAACAUCUGAACGAGGACCUGCACGUCCUGAUCACGGUGGAGGACACACAGAAGCGCGCUGAGAUCAAGAUGAAAAGAGCCUUAGAGGAGGUCAAGAAGCUCCUGGUGCCCGCGGCGGAAGGAGAGGAUAAUCUGAAGAAGAUGCAGCUGAUGGAGCUGGCCAUUCUCAACGGGACGUACCGAGACACCAACAUCAAGACACACCCCCUUGCGUUCUCUCUUGCAGCGGCGGCCGCCGCUCAGGGCCCCCGUCUAAUGCAGGCCCCCAGGGGAGUUGAUGGCCCCCAUCAGCAGAUGAGGCCCCCCACCGGCAGGGCCCCCAUCAUGAACAUCAUCCGACAACCCCAAAUGCAGGGCAUGUUACCCAAUGGCACCCCCACCCUGGUGCCUCCCUCGCCGGACGGCAGCAUCCUCUACGCCUCCCCGUACGACUACCCGUACGCCCUGGCGCCCACCUCCCUGCUGGAAUACCCCAUCGACCACAGUGGGGUUCUAGGUAAGCGACCCUGGGGCCUGGGCGGCGGCCCCUUUAGCCCCGGACAGGAGGGCAGCUUGUUUUACCCUGGGUUUUUGGACGCGGCUUCGAUGAGCCACGGUCAGGACUUGUUGAAAGGUGCAAUGGCUACUAAAAUGAGACGACAUGACUCGCGCGUCCAUCCUUACCAAAGGAUCGUAGACCGAGCCGCCACCGGCAACUAACACAUGACCUUCUGACCUCUGAACUCUUCACCCAAUGACGAGCCGCCCCAAGCCUGCCUGCUGAUCAGUUAACUGGUAAUUGCCUUUUGCUAGCCUCUCGGGACGCAGUGAGAAAGAGGCGCCUGCCCUUAGUUACCCUAACAUGUUUUUGAUAUAUUUUUUUUUUUACAUUUAAAAAUAUAUAUAUCACAAUCUCAUAGAAACACAUCAACCCAAGUUAUUAUUUUAUUGAUUUCUGUUCAUUGAGUUGAAUUCCCAUUCUCUCUCUUUCUUUUUCUUCAUGAAUCACAAACUGGAGGAAUGUGUGUGUGUGUGUGUGUGUGUGUGUUACUAAUGAAUCUGCACUGAAUAAAAAUAUAUAUAUAUUUAUAUAUAUAUAUAAUCUCAAUAAAGAUCCCGUCCUCCCUGUCGACCGCCCCGUACCUGCUCUGAUUCGGUGACCUCACUAAUAAUUACUGAACAAUGGUAAAUGGGAACGGAACCCAAACUGUAUGUCCCCAGUCCCUCUUUCCCUCCCCAUUCCACACUUCCUUGUGGGUCAUUUGAAAGAAAAGGAAAUAGAAGGAAAGAGAAACUAGACUCACACCAACUUGUUGAUUCUCUGUCAUUUUCAUAUGUGGUCGUGCAUUAUGAACCUCUGAGAUGAUAAUGUGCUGACACAUUCUGGGUGUGCCCUCCACGGCUGUCUGUUAAAAGCAUGGCUAAAUUGACUGCAAAUGGAGCUUAUUAUCAUUUGUUUUUAUGUUAUGUUUUUCUUUGGUUUUACUUGAUUUUUCUGUUUUCUUGUUAAUUCAUUCUAAUGAGCUCUUUUGUGAAGGACUAGCCAGACAAAGCAGGUUGUAAGAACUUAAAAGGUAGAUUUUGAAGUGGCAGGCCUAUCAUGGGCAGUUAGCGGAAGCUAGGUGGGGUGCUGGGACAGGGUGAUAUGGGGAAGAAUCAGGAUGAGAAGCGGUGUUUCUAUUACUAUAAUGAAAGUAGGAUGGGUUGAGGGCACAGUGAAUAUAUAGUCAACUAGCUACUUUACUUAACUAUGCUCCUCCACACUGUGUCCCAAGUAUACAGUGCCUGAUGUAUUUAGAGAAAUGAUGCGAGCUGUGAUCUAAAAGACAAAAAAAAGUAUUGUGCGCAUAUUUAACCAGAGCGUUUCCAGUUGAAUUAUAUCUACUUAAAUAUGUAUCCAACCGCAGAGGGCUCUCCGCCAUUUUAGCGUUUGAAAGGGUGUGAUUUCAUGCUUGCGUAAGUAAAGCUCUAGUUUCCCAUGAAGAGACAAAGGCGAUUAAACACUAAAGAUGGCUACUGGUGAAGGGGGGUCCUGAUAGUGAAGUUUGUAUAUAUUUCCUUUUCUCUUUUUUUGAUUUUGCCUUUUUGUUUUUGGUUGUAUCUACACCCCUGGCCAAAAAAAAUGCUAGUGUGUUUUUGUAGUUUUCUUUUAAUCUCUUUCCAAUUUGAUACCAAUCAAGUUAUCCUUGGAGGACGGGAUACAUGCCCUCAUGCAAAUAUGCCUGUUUGAAUUUAAAUGACUUCGGGGGAAAUGACUUUAUUUUUAACCCUCACCAUACCAGUUUGAAGUCUCCCAAUUAGCACAUCCACAAUGUGUCUCCAUGAAGGUAUAGUCCAGCUCCUGAGCCCUGACCGUUUCUUUUACUCUUUCUCAAGAACAAAAAUAGGAUGUGAAAGCCAUGCCUGCCUGUUCAAAUUGCUUUAUACAUACUUGUUAUAUAUAUAUACAUACAUACACACACAGAGAGAGAGAUACAUGUAGAUACCUGUCAUUACAUAGUAAAGAUGGAGAACACAAUGAAAUCCUCUUACAGGAUGCUGGAGAAGAAAACAUAUAUUUUUGGCAAUUUUAGCUUUUUAUACUUGCAGUUACAAAAUAUGGGGGGGGGGGGUUUAAAAAAAUAGUAUGCAGAAAAAGGACAUGUGGCGAAAAUGCUGUGUUACUUUGGAUAUUAUUGGCUUGGAAAAUAAAAAAAAUAAAGACCAAAAUAGUCAUACCUAGGAACAUUGCAAGGAUGUAAGUGUUACGAAGAGGGGUUGAGAGAGACACAGAGAAGAUGUUUUUUUUUUAAAGAAGUGCCUUAUCGACGGUUGUUUCUUUUUCCAAGUGUUAACAUUCUGUUGAGUUAAUAUCCAGCAACAACUAGGACACUGCAGAGAGGAACGGCUUCUGUAUGCGCUCUGAAGAGUUGAGCAGGGUAGCUCCGUCAUUAUUGCUGAGCUACUGAAGUUAUUCUAUGCAAAAAGAAUAGCAGUCGUAUGACCAGCUAAAAUAUGUGCCAUGGUUCGUCUUCCCCAAGUAUAAGUUCAGUUUCUUUGGUUUAUUUUCUAUCUUUGGCCUUUUUCUCUGCCAUCGGAACAAGUUUCAUUUCUUAUUUCUCUGCAUUUUGAUUUAACGUGUUUUCCCUUGUCUUGUUUUCUGGUAACUGUGAUUAUUCUACAAAAGAACAAACUGCCAAUAGCAACGCAGAAGUCUGCCAGGACAUUUUAUGAAUAAAUUGAAUAUAAAAUGAGAUUAAGAGGGGAAAAGUUGUUUGCAUGUAUACCUCUCUGUUUCAAAAUCUGCAAACUGAAAACAUCCAGUCUAACAAUGCUUCCUCAUUACAGUCGGGGAAUGUAGCCAACCCGUUUUAUAACCGUAUGACCUGAAGACCCCAGGGGGUUUUCCCAGAUGCAGUUCGGGGCUCUUCAGAUUCGGAGGGGGGGCUGGAUGACAUGUAUUCUAUGUUAGUCAAUAUGUAGCCAUUCUGGAAGUGAUCGACAUACAGCUGGAUUAUAUAGCAGAGACUAGAAAAACUCCUUGCCUCCCUACAGGUAAAACGAUGAGGCCGUCUGCACUCUUUUUAAGGUCCUUACUACUGAGUAGUGUUGGUUCCAGGUGUGAAUACUGGAAGAGGUGAAGACCCGCACAUGGUAGAACAAACAAUUACAUCCAAAACUGAGGCUUGAAUGCAAAAUCAAGAUGGUUAUUAGAAUAUCAUGCGCCAAAAAUCAUAGUGUGAGAAAGUGCAUAAAUGAAAGGUGAAAACAAAACAACCGUUUUGUCUUUAGGCCAUCUCUACAGCUAACACAACUUCACAGCAGUUUUCAGUUAUUGAAACAAAAGGGGUAUCUAAUCAAAUAUUUAAAAAAUACUAUAAAAAAUCAAUUGAGACAUGAAUUCUACAGUAUUUUACCUUCCCUGGCAGUCUGAUACUAUUUAUUUGUCUCAUACAUGCUUUACACAGAAAAGGUCAAUUUGUUUUCAGUGUUAUGAAUUAUUCUUAAUUUUUUAAACAUUUCUUUUUUUUUAGAAAUGCAAUAUUAACAUGGAGCAAGAUAUGACAAGCAUUUUGACAGUAUUAAGAAAUAUUCCCUCAUACAAUGGCACAGCGUGUUGUAACAUUGCAAAGGUUGGUUUAGUUCAUCAGGUAUAUGGUGAAAGAUACCGUAUUCUCUGACCUGCCUAGUACGAUGUAUGAUAAUGUAAUUUACAGCCAUUGUUAAAGGUUUAUAAUGUAUUUUUCUAAUCUCAUUUUGUAUGUAUAUUAUAAAAUCCUUUUUCUGACAUUUUUUUGUUGUUGUUGAUGAAGCCCACUGCAACUUGUUUUUGAACCCCCCCCCACCACCCCUCACAUCUUGAAAUCUGUCCCUCAUUAGGAGUGUUUCCUUUCCUAGAGUUAGAUUUAGUUUUCUUGCCAACUCCUAGCUUGUUUAACUCAUUAGCAACUUUUCGUUUCUUGUCAUAAGUAUUUUUACAUGCUUGCUUUUUAGUUUUCAUGGUGUGUGUUGUUAUAUUUCUUAUUAACCCCUUGGCAUUUAUUUUAAUAAAACAUUCUUAGUAAGAAUUUUA